AUGUCAACUCUAGGAGUGUUAAAGAAGCGGAGCGAGCUAGCAUCGUCGGAAUUGGGGUUCCAAGCAUCGGAAGGAGGACAUGAAGGAGAAUUGCUACCAGUCUUCGAAUUAGCAAUCUCGAACUCGAUUGAAGUUACAGUAAUUAAUGAGCUUGCUUACCAAGUUACAGUUGCGAAAAUUGGAGGUGGAGAAGUCGCACUCAAGGCGAGUGCAACCGACGCAGUCGGCACCUUGUUUUUCAUUCGUUUGCCCAACCAUGAUGCCAGACGGCCACUGAAUCAAGCCAAAGUUGUUAACUCUAGCGCUGAGAGUAGCAAGAAGUAUACACACAUUUUCAGCAAUGCUGCUAAACCAGCUUUGACCCCCGCCGAGCCACGGUCUAGUGUAGGUUACACUGUCGGCAGUGUUCUUGAUAAUCGGGCGAACACCCCUAAUACAAAGUUUAUUGGUAAACGUGACGGCAUGGUCGGCCGAGAGGGUGACGCUGCAAGGGAAAUGACAAUGAUGGCAUAG